CCAUAGGCAACGUUUUUACACCGGGAGGGGGAUGGGUGAGGUACAAACAGACACAAACGUUCGUUAUUUAUUUAUUUAUGUCUUUCGGUCGGUACGACUCGUCGUGUGCAAAAACCCGAGUUUGCACGACGAAUAUUCGCGCGUUCCGCUUUUUUUUUCAUUAUUAUUCGCCAUUCGCGAAACUCGUAGCAGGAACCAGUUUCGAUUCAACGCGUUCAGUCAGUCCUGUUCGACGUUGUUCGGAGGCUUUUUUCAGUUUCUUUGGUCCUUCGAGCCGGAUAUUUGCGUACAAAGAUGCGGUUUUAAAGUGAUUUAUCAAAUAUAGUGGAAGUAUUGGUUUUAGUGAUGGUGGAAUACACUUAUCCAUACAACAGAGACGACCUAGUAAUCCUGAUCCCAGUGCAGCUAUCCAUAUCGCGGCCCUUCUACGCUACGCCAUAUUCAAUUGCAAUAACUUUAUGCAUAAUUGCGAUGCUUUAUCUAUACUUUAAGGCGGUAAAGGAACCUAGAUCAUUGGUUGAAGUGUUCAUCAUCUUCUUGUUGAUCUUCAGCGGAAGAUCUCUUCACCAAGAGAUCAAUACGAAAUAUUUCCGUAUAUUCUUUAUGAGCCUGAUGGUCAUCGCCUUUUAUGCCUGUACGUUAUUUAAUAUCCAAAUACUCUCAUCGCUUACCUUAAAACCAGCGGCGCUAGCAGUGAAAUCAGUGGAGGAGUUCGCCAGGACCAACUACGUCAUUUAUUCCACUAAAACUAUUAAGAACGUCCUCUUGGGAUCCUUACAGAGCGACACAGUGAAAACGAUCCUUAAAAGAAUGGUGAUCUUAGCGGGAGAAACCGAUGACAAGUUAAUAGAAGAAAGACUAAGAAACUGUAGUGCGGACUAUGCGGUUAUCUGCAGGAAAAGCACCGCGCUAUACUACUUGGAGCUGAGCAACGUCCAAGGCAAAGAUUUCUGCUACAACAUCGUUCCGGAGCCAAUAAUGCCGUCGCUGGUAACGUACAUUUUGGCCUACCGAUCGCCGUUCCAGGACAAGUUCAAUGAGGUACUAUCCAGGAUCAUCGAGAACGGACUGGUGGCGAACUAUACGGAGUAUCAAACGAAGAAGAGGGUGAAAAUUGCGGACGAGUUUAAACCCUUUGGGAUGACGAGUAGUAACGAGAGAUCCGGAUGGGUGAUACUGGUUUUCGGCCUGGUUGUUGCUUUUUUCACUUUUUUGAUUGAGGUUUUCUUGUGGCCUCAGGUAGAGGUUUGUAGGGAAUAA